CUAGCGGACAGGUAAAACACUAAAGAAAUGAGUCAGGUUUUGAAAAGUAAUUCAAAAGUUCACGUUUUAUCUGUUGAAACUGAUUAAAAUAAGUAAAAUAAAAGGAAUCAAACGUGUACAUAGCAAAAUCGAUAAACAGAGAUGGAUUUGAAAUGCAUCGUAAUAUGUCUAAUAGCCUCAUCGCUUCAGAAAGCUCUCGCUCAAGAUCCUCGAGUAGUAAUAAAGGAUACCACUCCAAAGACUGUAUUUGAUAGCGUUGGUAAUGGUGAACUUACUGCCCACCUUAAUACAGAUAUCACUAUGGCAUGUGUUGUUGAGAACUUACCAAUAGGAACCAAUGUUAAUUGGAAGAAAAUUGAGAAGGAUGCUGCUGGUAACGAUGAUCCAAAGCAGAUAUCGAUCGGCCAGUCUGUAAAGGUCGACAACAAUCGCAUUAAGAUUGAGAGUCCUACGAUCUUUACAUGGAAACUAAAAAUCGAACAGGCAUUAUUUACAGACGAAGGAAUUUAUGUUUGCUAUGUGAAAGCGGGUGAUGCCAUUAAUGAGGUGAAUGAUCAGCGAACCAUUGUAGUAAGACAGCCACCUAUAAUUGAUGUGAACAAGUUGACAUCCAGGGCCAAGGAAGUGGAGGAGGGGAGUGAGUUUGAGACAAUGUGCACAGCAAUAGGGACACCAGAGCCUGUGAUUACCUGGACCAGAAUAGGUGGCGCCAGGUUACCUAAUGGUGGGACAAGUUUACAGCAACCGUUGUUUCAAAUUUUGGAGACAAAGGCAGAAGACAGAGGUAUCUACAUCUGCACAGCUGAUAAUGGGAUAGGACGGAGCCAGCAAAGAAUAGAGCUUAAAGUUAGCUUUAGGCCCAAAAUUGUGUUUGACAAUUUGAGAUCAACUGAUGUUUACCAGGCUGUGGGAUAUAGAACAGUGAUUCGAUGUUCAAUAAGUGCAAAUCCCGCUGUGACGGCUGAGACGUGUACAUGGUCUGAUGCUAAGGGGAACAUAAUAGAUGGCAGUGAUGGCAGGAGAACAACAAAGUAUGGAGUUGGAGCAAAUGACAAAUAUUCUUAUGAGUUGAUUAUAUCGCAAGUAGCAGAGUCCGAUUAUGGGCAAUAUAAAUGUACUGCAACCAACAAGAGAGGCACUACAUUUGAGACUGUCAGGCUAAUGAAAUCAGACACUCCUCAAGCUGAUGGCAAAACAGGACAAGUUCAAGCUGCCUCGAGUAUCCACAUUUCCAUUGUCACCAUAAUUAUGGGAGCUACUGUUGCCAUGCUUCAUCUGUUCUAACCUAAGCAAUCAUCACAGACUUUUUGGGGGCAUUUUCGAAUAGAAAAAGAAAAUAUGAUACAUUGAUGUAAUCUCUUUAAGUAGUGUCAGGACUGUAUUGACAAAAAUUUCGACAAAAACAAUUGAAUCUGAAGUCCAUCUGAAUCAAGUUCAUCUUUGAAACUCUCCUCAUAUUGGGUGUGGUUUGAAUUAUGUAAGUAAUUCACAGUAAAGGACUCUCAAAAAGUAUUUGUAAUAUCCAUCCAUUCAUAUAAGUCAUUAAACUCUCAUAUAUGAUAUAUACCUCAGUAAUUUUGCAUGGUCUUACGAUCAGAUCAGUCAAAAUGAGGUAACUAAAUGACUAAAUGAGGUAUUUGGAUAGAAUUAAUAGCUGAGGUAUAUUACUAUAUAUGGAAAUUAUUCCAAC